CGCCCCCCCCCCCAUAUGCCCGGACUUCGACUCUACCCUAGCGCUCCCAGCAAGGUGCAAGGAGCCCUUGCAGGUUCAGCAAGCACCCUACUUGUGUCUGACCUGAAUGACCACAGAGAUGGGUGCCCCCAUCGGCACACUGUCCUUUGGCCACCGGACAUCAUGCCUCCCAAGAAGGAUGUUCCCGUUCCCGUGAAGAAACCAGUGGGGCCCCCUAACCCCAAGCCUGCUGCGCCUGCUGCCAAGCCAGCAGCAGGGGCCCCUCCAGCCAAGCCACCACCAGCGUCAGCGUCAGCGCCAGCACCAGCACCAGCACCAGCACCAGCUGUCCCUUCAGCCUCUGCGAAGAUCCAGGAGCCCCCUGUCGAUCUCUCCAAAGUGGUGAUCGAGUUUAACAAGGACCAGCUGGAGGAGUUCAAGGAAGCCUUCGAGCUGUUUGACCGAGUAGGGGAUGGCAAGAUCCUGUUCGGCCAGUGUGGGGACGUGAUGAGGGCCCUGGGCCACAACCCCACCAACGCCGAGGUGCUCAGAGUCCUGGGGUACCCCAAGAGUGAUGAGCUGAAGACCCGGCGUAUAGACUUUGAGACUUUCCUGCCCAUGCUCCAGGCAGUGGCCAAGAUCCAGGGGCAAGGCACAUACCAGGACUACCUGGAGGGGCUUCGCGUGUUUGACAAAGAGGGGAACGGCAAAGUCAUGGGAGCAGAGCUCAGACAUGUCCUCACUACCCUGGGAGAGAGGAUGACUGAAGAGGAGGUGGAGACAGUUCUGGCAGGACAUGAGGACAGCAACGGCUGCAUCAACUAUGAAGCCUUCCUGAAGCACAUCCUGAGCGUCUGAGCUCUACAGGUGCAGUGGGGCUCGACAAGGAGUCCCCCCACCCCUCGCGGGCGAAAGCAAGUUCCUGCCGCUAGGAGGCCACCUAUUGUUUCAAAAUAAAGAGACGGUUCCUCCCCUAA